UGUCGUUAUUGUUUAUAUGUGGUUAGAAUUUUAACGUGAUAUUUUUGACUUGUGUUAAGUGUUAUGGACUGAGAAAAGAGGUUAAUAUAGUAAGCACAUCGUAUUCUAAUACUGCCUAGGGAUACCAAGCUGUAGCCGAAGAUUAUGACCCAGAUAUUUAUGGAGAAUAUUAUUCAUUUGAGGAUGAUGGUUCCAGUUAUACUUCUAUCACUGCUUAUAAGCACGAAUUUGAGUGCCGCAGCUUCCACGACAACUGUACCUUCACCGACGUCCGAAGAGGAACAUCAGACAUCAUCCACCGUCGCAGAUUUAGUCACAGCACAGAAUAAAGCAAAGCGUCAACUUUAUCAUCUCACAUACGAUCAUCCAGACCCUUAUCAGGACGAAACGACAUUCUAUGCUUCAAAGCAACUUCAGCAAGCGGCAGCAUCGCCGCAGCAGCAGCCGGCAGGCUUAGGAUCAAUGAGGCUUGAGCCAGAACUAAGAGCUAGACAGCCGGUCGCACCCGUGUAUCAGCUGAGGACGAAUUAUUUGAAUAUUGUGCCACCAAAUGCACCAGUUCAAAAACCACAGAUUUACUCACAGCAAACCUCUCAAUUGCCAUCUAUAGUUGUACCCGUAACUCAACAGCCCAUCAGACAAUUACCCAAAUAUCAAUAUCAGUUACCGGCAGCCACAUAUAAGCCACUCGCUUAUUAUAAUUUGCAACAAUAUCACGCCCCAACUUAUCAAAAAAUCGAUGGAACAAAGCCAAUAGCCCUAGAAAGCCAAACAAGCUGUGCAGAAAAAAGUAAUAAUCAAGCGCACCUCCAACCACAACAGCAAGUUGUUGAAGAGCAAUAUGAGCAGUCGCCUCCGAGUGAAUACCCAGCAGCGAUGCUAGUAAAUUUAGGCACGGCGCAGGGUCCAAAAUCAGAAGCGUUAGUGCAACAAGGUCCACAUCUUGCCCCUAUACACGUCUAUCAAGCCCCGAAUGGCCAGUACAAAAUUGCACCUCAGCUAUAUGGCGGCCCACAAUUAUUCAAACAAAAUCCUCAGCAAAUUGUACCAGCAGUAAGAUUCCAUUAUUUGGAACAUCCUAAAAAAUCUAAACCAGUACAAGUUGUACUGAGAAAGAAAAAUAAUGAAGAUGAGGAAGAGGAAGUUGUUCCAGAGAAAAAAUCUCCAAAGAAGAAAUACGAGGAAGUAGAAGAAGUUGAUGAUAGCAAAAAGCACCAUUCCGAUGAUGACGAUGAUGAUGAUUCUAAAAGCAGCUAUGAAAAAACUGAUAAUCGGGGAAGAUCAAGCGAUGACAGUUUUAAACCUUCCAAACAUUACCCUUACGACGAGGACAGAAAAUAUUCCAGAAAGCAUCACAGUAAAUCCAGUAGCGGCGAAUUUACAAAACAUUACGGUGAUGACGAUGAUGAAGUAAUUAAAAGUAAACCCAGCAAAUCAUCUGAUAAAAACAGAGAAUACAGAAAAUCAUCCAGUCACCGUAGCGGUAAUAAUGAUGGUGAUGAAACCAAAAAUGUAGAAGUAUAUAAAGAAAACCCAGUGCCAAUAUUACAAAAGAUGCUUCCAACCGAAUUUAAACAAAAAAAAGUAUAUAGGGAAAAUUGGUAUAUAACGAAGAGUAUACAAAACUAG